AUGUUUCUCUUCAAAGUCAGCAAUACUACUCUCCCUCACCCUGACGCCGACCUCUCGCCAAACGCCUGCAUCUCACACGAUGACUUGGCUGGCGACCAUGCUCUCAAGAGAAAGCGACUCUCGUUCUUACACCGUCACAAGGGCAGGCGAACCCUGAUGCAUGGGAUCAUCGGCCCGCAAUCCGAACGCGUCAGCAGCGUCUUGUCACUGUCGCUAUCCCGCUCCAGCAGCAGCCUCCAGGUCGGAGAGGCAGCCCCUAAGCUGACGAGCCCUUCGAUAGCCAGCUUUCAAUCCAAAAGCGGCAGCGAAAGCGCGGAGUCUACCAAGAAGGAGGACGAGACACCGCCAUCUUCACCUGACAGCAUAGGCCACAGUCCCAAGAAGACCCACCGGUUCAGCAAGUGGCGGCGCUCUCGAGGUGAAGAACGGGAUUGA